AGUACUUUCUGUUUCACAGAGUCGGGGAAGAAAAAGCCAGACGUCUCAGCCGGCUGGUGCGAUCGUGGUAGGAAGCGCGAGGAUGAGUCAGUGGUAUAGACUACAGCAGCUGGAGUCCAGAUACCUGGAACAAGUGCACCAGCUCUAUGAUGACAGCUUUCCUAUGGAGAUCAGACAGUAUCUGGCACAGUGGCUGGAAAGCCAAGACUGGGAUCACGCUGCCAGUGACGUUUCCCUGGCGACCUUGCUGUACCAGAACCUUCUGUCACAGCUGGAUGACCAAUACAGCCGCUUUACACAGGAGAACAACUUCUUACUGCAGCACAAUAUCAGGAAAAGUAAACGUAACUUACAGACAACUUUUGAGGAAGACCCCAUGUAUAUGGCCAUGAUGAUCUCCAAGUGUCUGCAUGAGGAAAGAAAAAUCCUUGAAGUCGCCCAGAAAGCAGAUCAGAUGCAAAUGGGGAGCGUGCAAAAUACCGCCAUGCUGUGUAGGGUGAAGGAGCUGGAUGACAAAGUCAAAAGUGUGAAGGACAACGUCAUGGAAAUGGAGCAAAUCAUCAAAAAUCUGGAGGAUGCACAAGAUGAAUAUGAUUUCAAAAAAAAAACCUUGCACGUCAGAGAAUGUGAAGCCAGUGGGUUCACCCGGGAUGACAUUAAGAAGGAAAAAUUGCAGCUCCACACGAUGUACCUACAACUUCACAACAUGAGACAGGAUGUGUUACACAAGAUAGCAACUUCACUGAAUGUGACUGAACACACACAAAACGUCUUGAUUAGAGAAGAACUGGUUGAAUGGAAACAGCGGCAACAAACUGCUUGUAUUGGAGGUCCACCCAACGCAUGCCUAGAUCAGCUACAAAAUUGGUUUACUACAGUAGCAGAGAGUCUUCAGCAAAUUCGUCAGCAGCUUAAAAAACUGGAGGAGCUAGAGCAGAAAUUUACCUACGAAACAGACCCUAUCCCACAACAGAAGGGAGGACUGUACGAACGGACGCUGGGCCUCUUCAAGCAGCUCAUUCAGUGUUCCUUCGUGGUAGAAAGGCAGCCUUGCAUGCCUACACAUCCUCAGAGACCACUGGUUUUGAAGACUGGGGUGCAAUUUACCGUAAAGCUGAGAUUGCUGGUGAAGCUUCAAGAGCUGAUUUACAAGUUGAAAGUGCAAGUUGUGUUUGACAAAGAUGUCAAUGAGAAAAACACAGUUAGAGGAUUUAGAAAAUUUAACAUCUUGGGAACGUAUACCAAAGUGAUGAACCUGGAGGAAUCCAAUGGAAGCUUGUCGGCAGAAUUUAGACAUCUGCAAUUAAAGGAGCAAAAGAAUGUUGCAAGAACUAAUGAGGGUCCUCUCAUAGUAACGGAAGAACUCCAUUCCCUCUGUUUUGAAACGACGCUGGAACAAAGUGGCCUAACAAUUGAACUUGAGACCACCUCCCUUCCUAUCGUGGUCAUUUCCAAUGUCAGCCAGCUGCCGAGCGGAUGGGCUUCUAUUUUAUGGUACAACAUGCUGACUAAUGAGCCCAAGAAUUUGUCCUUCUUUCUUAAUCCACCACAAGCAAGGUGGUCUCAACUUUCCGAAGUGCUGAGUUGGCAGUUUUCGUCCGUCACGAAAAGGGGGCUCAAUGCAGAUCAGCUGAACAUGUUAGGGGAAAAGCUGCUUGCUAAACCCUGCACUCCAGAUGGCACGAUUUCUUGGGCAAGGUUUUGUAAGGAAAACAUAAAUGAUAAAAACUUUCCCUUCUGGCUGUGGAUUGAAGGUAUCCUUGAACUCAUUAAGAAACACCUUCUUUACCUCUGGAACGAUGGAAGCAUCGUGGGCUUUAUCAGCAAAGAGCAUGAACGCGCCCUGCUCAAAGAUAAGGCAAGUGGGACAUUUCUCCUGAGAUUUAGCGAAAGCAGCCGAGAAGGAGCAAUCACAUUUACCUGGGUCGAAGGGCCAGCACAUGAUCCUGGCUUCCACUCGGUGGAACCCUACACACGGAAGGAGCUCACGGCCGUCAGCCUCCCUGAUAUCAUCCGCAGUUACAAAGUGAUGGCAGCAGAGAAUAUUCCUGAAAAUCCCCUGAAAUUCCUUUAUCCAGAUAUUCCCAAGGACAACGCCUUUGGAAAAUACUACUCCAGGCCCAAAGAAUCCUCGGAGCCCAUGGAUGUAGAUGGUGGAGGAAAAGGAUACAUCAAAACUGAAUUAAUCUCUGUAUCUGAAGUACACCCUUCCAGAUUGCUCAGCACCGAGAACCUCUUGCCAAUGUCUCCGGAAGAUUUUGACGAAGUAACACGCGUGAUCAGCCCAGCGGAAAUCAUGAUAUGUUCAGAAUACGCAUCGUAAGUGCUUCCCCGGGGCAGUCUGCAUCAAGACUUGAGUCACUUUCAUACCUUUCAAUCUGCAACUAGUUGCAAUGGGUCUCCUAGGAGGCUCAAAACUCUGUAGUGCACAAUGUUAUCACGCCAAGCACUCUGUUUUAUUGAAGGAGCAGCUUGAAAACCUAGAAAUGCUUACGCUUCUACAAAAUAGUUCUUUCACUAGCAGUCCUAUAUGUUGUAUUUCCUGUACCCUAUGCUGUGUCGGUCCAAGGUAUGUGUACGUGCUUUUUAGUAAAAGUCCCCCAAAUUGGAGGGGGAUGUUGGACGCUUGCCUAGCUUCCCCAAUAAAGCAGAAUGUUAUUUUAAAACCUAGCAGCAAGAAUGGUUACGAGAUGUUCAGACAACACAAUAGUCAAUGAUGGGGCAAUAAUCAACUUAACAGUAGUUUAUCUAGGGGGUACGCCCCACACAACAUGAUAAUAAUCCACCAUGGUGUGGAUUAGGAGCAGCGUUAACAAUUAGUCCAAGCUGAGUUGACUCACUCAUCCCCCUCCUUCUUUCCCCCUCAGCCCUCCCACUAGUAUCCCAUCAGCCAUUGCUGCUGAAAAUCUAUCCUGCCAGCUGAACUAGAGCGGCAGCCACCGCUUUGACCGUUCUUGCCUUGCAACUCUGUGGCUGAACAAAUAACCAACAGUGGCUGAGGAAAUAAGCAACGGUGCCCUCCACAUGACAUGAUAAACAGUGAUGGGUUCAAAGACCCAAUUCUGCACAGUGCUGGUUAUUUGCAUUGGUUACUUUGGCCAAAUAACCAACCAUUGGUUAAAAAACUCCCCCCCCCAAAACACAAUAACCCAUGGAGGGUUAUUGCAAAAAUCGAGUCAAAACAAAGCAGGACGUUGGUGUGGAAGUCACGGCCAUUAAGUGUGUUCAACUUAGUCCCAUUCUAGUAUUAAUGGCACCACUUAAUGCCUUCACAUGUUAGGGUGAGGAUAGUUUUGCUGUGGAAUCAGAGGCAGUGUGGUGCCACAGGGGCUUUGCAGCAGUGGAACAGGUAAAUACCAGGGCAACAAAGGAAACAAGAAUCGCUAAAAUGGCAGAGCAUUGGCAGGGGCGUGAAGAAUAGGAAUCUGCUCAAUUCCUUUGCUCCCCUCUUAAGACGUUAGAGCUAAAUUAUACAUUACAGGCAGAUGUGUAGGUACUCACCUCUCGCCUUCUGCACUCCCUGUUCCUUUUCCUCUUUGGAGGGUUCAAUGUCUCCGUCCCACUGUUUCAAAAUGCCCCCACCCAAAGCCGCAUUCCCCAAGAGCAUGAGGGGAAAGGACAUGUUUGCACCUACCAUGUAAUUUUGCCUUUAAAAAGGGGUUUUGGUUUGGAUCCAGAUUUGCACUGGAUCAGGAGCCCUGAUGGAAGUGGAGCGCCCUACUCCCUCCUUCCCAUGGCAGCAUCUCCUGGAAAUGCUAUACAGUCAGGAGAGCUUGCUGAAUGGGUGAGCUGGGGGGAUGGCUGGGGGGAAAAAACCAAAAAAAAAAAUUGGGCAGAGGGACCUUCUGCCAGAGGAGCCUUUCUCCUCAUCGAAGGCAGGUCAUGGAUCUAACCCUUAAAAGCACUUUUUACUAUAGAGGUCAAUCAAUGCCACACAUUUCUAUUGGUACUCCUGCAAUUGAGGCCCACAUACAAGAAUUUCAGUGGAUACAUUCGUUGAGGGAGGAAUUGGAUUCCCAGCAGCUUUAAAAGCAAAACAUUCCAGAUCAUGUGUGACAAGGGAGGGCUCUUCCAGACUGAUUUUGUGUAUGGAACGUACAGUAGCGGGUAAAACUCUUUGACCCCGUUCAGACAACACGCUAAACCAUGCUGCUUAACCACAAAAUAGUUAACGGAAUGCUUAACCAUGGUUUAGUGUCGUCUGACACACGUUUUCCCUAACCGUCUGCCCCGUUAACUACAUUGUGGUUACGCUCACUAAGGAAAACUUAACCACAAAAGGGUUUAAAGUCUUGUCUGCAAGCAUUCUGCAUGUGGUUAACGUUAACCACAGCUGAACAUGGUUAAGCUAACCACGAAGCCCAGAACGUUGUCUGAACCAGGCCUUUGUGUGCCUCACUUAAGUCAAAAGAUGAUUUGUGCAUGAAGCAUAUUUACUGCAGCCUUUAGUGCUUUGGUGUACAAUCCUGAAAGCAUUGAAUCAAGGUCUGCCGUGCACGUUACAUACUUCCAUACUACACAGAUAAUAACCCCAUUCAGAAGACACCUUAAACCACGGCUUUAACCAUGGUAAAUAAAGCAAAACGCGUUAUUCACUGUGGUUAAAGCCACGGUUUAAGGUGUCUUCUGAACGGGCCCUUAGUCUUUAGAACCCUAGCAAUAGACACACCUGGAUGUUAGCUUUACAAAGCACUGCAGUGCAAUCUUUUGUUAUUGGGAAGAGAAAGGCAUUGGCUGUCAGUUGCACACCUUCCCUAGUCACUCAACAAAUAUAUGCUUUUAAUGGUACUCUAAAAAAUAAGUGCAAAGCAUAACACACACUUCAGUGGAGAACAGUCUGUUGCAAAUCAGGAGAGGAAAAAGCAAAAUAGCAAGCUGAAGAACAACACACUCCUUUUGGUAUGCUUGUUUAUUAUGUUGUAAAAUGCAACACCAUUGGAUUUGUAAUCCUGAAAAUAAACCUUACUUUCAGAA